UCCAUCCAUCCGUCCAGUUUUCAGUUUUCACACUCUCCUGGCUAGCUAGCUAGCUCCUCUCCAUCCUCUACAGCGGCUGCGAGACAAACUGAGCCUUUUCCUGCUCGCCCCAUCGCCCAAUCCGUCUCUACUCUACAGUUGUAUACGCGAUUAGAUGGGGCGCGCGCCGUGCUGCGACAGGACCGGGCUGAAGAAGGGGCCGUGGACGCAGGAGGAGGACGAGAAGCUCGUCGCCUACAUCAAGAAGCACGGCCAGGGCAACUGGCGCACCCUCCCCAGGAAUGCCGACCUUGAGCGGUGCGGGAAGAGCUGCCGGCUGCGGUGGACCAACUACCUCCGGCCGGACAUCAAGCGCGGCCGCUUCUCCUUCGAGGAGGAGGAGACCAUCAUCCAGCUACACAGCAUCCUCGGCAACAAGUGGUCAGCCAUUGCGGCGAGGCUGCCCGGACGGACGGACAACGAGAUCAAGAACUACUGGAACACGCACAUCCGCAAGCGCCUCCUCCGCAUGGGCAUCGACCCCGUCACCCACGCGCCGCGCCUCGACCUCCUCGACCUCUCCUCGCUCCUCAAGCCCGCCGCCUACUACCCCACACAGGCCGACCUCGACACGCUCCGCGCCCUCGAGCCGCUCGCCAACUACCCGGACCUCCUCCGCCUCGCCUCCACCCUCCUCGCAGCCCCGACCACAACCUCCUCGCAGCCCACGACCGAACAGCAGAUGCUCCUCCCUUGGCUGAUCCAGGCGCAGAUGGCGCAGCAGGUAUCUCAGGCGCCGCCUCAACAUGCCACGGCCGCAGACAUGUUCUUGCAGCCCAGCUCGGCGUGCCAAAUGCCGGGUCUGGUUCACGCGAACCCCGCGCAGCAACUACACCAGGAUCACAUGGUGCCCUCUGACUACGGGCAGCUCCCGGGCUACGACAACCAGCUCGAGCUCGACUACGUGCCGGCGCUGAUGCAGAUGGCGUCAGACACGUCGAACCUGCAGUGGAGCAGCCCGGUCACAAGUAGCAACAACAACAACAACUGCAACGUCGGCUCCGGCGUAUCCACGCCGUCAUCGAGCCCCGCGGGGCGUGUGAACUCGGCUUCACCGACAACCUUCUGCGCCAACGCGAGCAACAUCGACGCCUUCAGCGCCGACGCCGCCGGGCUGUUCGACAUGCACCUGUCCGAUCUCCUGGAUGUGAGCGACUACAUGUAAUGAAAAAUACAAGUACGGGUUCCACCUGCAUCUGCAUGCAUGUGGAAGCUAGGUCGAACAGUUCAUCACGUACCGACCGACAGGGGGCAAAACAUGCAUACGAUGAUGAUCUCGAACGAGAGCCGUUUUUGUACAGGAUUGUACCAUUUUUAUCCAGUUCAUGGUCACUGGUUACUGUUAGAAACUUCACUUCUGUUUUUCCUGUUAUUCUUAUUUCGAUCUUCAAUUCAUUGGUGUGUGUGGUGCAUGUCAGUGUGGGGAAUCAUGGCAAAGGUGGCUUCAUAUGAUUGGUGGAGGCGGCUGCUAUCCCUCUCACUUGCAUCAUAUGCUUUGUCUCCAGUGAAG